AUGUUGGGUAUUGUGCCACAGGAUGGAGAGACUCUGCUGAGUAGCUUAGAGGGCGACAGCUACAGCCUGGAGGAGUGUCGACUCUUCAUACUUCAAUGGGCCAAGGAGCUCAACAACCUGCCACAGGUACAUUCUGUGGAGCCCCUGAUGUGUGAGAGCUGGGAGCAGUAUGAGGAGAAGAAAGAGACCCAUCCAGAGGAGGCCGACAGGAGACUGAAGGCGGCCCAGAAACUGCUCUCCUCCUGGGCCACACAGCUGGACACACAGCCCCAGGACUCUGUGCAUCCAUCAGAGGAUGUGAGGGUGGUGUUGGAGGAUCUGGGGAGGCAGUGGAAGAGGGGUCACCUGGCCAACAUGCUGCCUGCCAUGGACUUCAUCAUGUGGAGUGUACUGCAAGACACACCAACACAGGGUGGCAUUCCCCCCCUUUGGCUGAAGACCAAACAGAGAUUCAAGAGUCAAGGAGCUGUGGAACACAUUCCAGACACAGUAUACAGUGUGUUGGAGGAUGAUUUAAUUUAUGACAACUUGUUUACAGUGGAUGUUUCCCUGGACCCUGACACCGCCCACCCUGACUUCAGCAUGUCCCCUGACAAGAAGCGCGUUCGAGUGAAGAACUUUGAAGAAAACCGACAAAAUCCUAGAUGGGACGAUUGCAGAAGUCCCCGUAAAUUUGACGGCUGGUGGUGUGUGCAGGGUAGCCAGGGCUUCUGCUCCGGUAGGGCCUACUGGGAGGUGGGGGUGGCUGGGAAGCAGGACUGGAGGGUGGGGGUGGUGCGGGAGUCAGCACCCAAGAACGGCUUCAUCGACCUCAACACUCAGUCAGGCUACUGGACCCUCCGCUUCCAGAGAGGGGAGCUCCGGGCCUUAUCUGUGCCUGCCAGAGACCUGCCCCUGCCCCAUCCUCUCACCAAACUGGGGGUCUACCUGGAUAUGGAGGAGGGACAGGUGUCCUUCUAUGAUGCUGUGAAGCGCAGACACAUCUACACCUUCAACGAGACCUUCACUGAGAAGAUGUUUCCUGUGUUUGGCACUGUCGAGACAGACUCGGAGCUGGUUAUACUGUAAAUGAAUCAGACUCAAAGCUCGAUAAAUAUAGUAGAGAGCUGGAUAAAUACACGUACAAAGCAACAGUGGAUCACUAUAUAAGCUAUACCAUAAGUGCACCUUAACGAGAGACUGGGUAUGCUUUUUAUCUCCCAGCUCUAUCUAAUGGUUUCUUUAAUCUUAUCCAAUCGAUUAAAAACUAUCAUUCCUUUACCUUGUACAAAAGCCACAGGAUAUUGUUGCAGAACUGUAAAAAAAAAAAAACCUGUAUGAUUGACCUAUCUUCCUGCUGCUUGUAUUUGAUGAAAAUAUCUCUUCCAUUGUUACUUUGUAUAGACUUGAUGUAAUGAAAAAAGGAGACGCACACAAAGCUUGUGUAAUAGAGGCUAACUAGCACAGAGUUGGCGUGGAACGUUGGUAAACCUCCCUCCGAUAACCUCA